AUGAGCGACAUUGAAAAGCAUUCUUCACCCCACGAUUCUCAAGAUGAAGGACAAGGCGGGGCUCUCGACGGACUCCCACCCGACCCCGACGCUCAUCUCAGCCAAGAAGAGAAAGAUAAGAUUGACCGCAAGCUGGUUUGGAGGCUCGAUUGGAUACUAAUACCUUGGCUCUGUAUCCUUUAUCUGCUUGCCUUCUUGGACCGGACCAACAUUGGCAAUGCCAAGGUUGCGCAUCUUACCGACGAUUUGCAAUUGACAGUGCCAGAGCAGUACAAUAUGACUCUCACCAUCUUCUUUAUCUCGUACUCUGUUUUCGAGCCAGUGACAAAUAUCUUGCUUAAGAAGCUGCGGCCAUCCGUGUUCAUCCCAAUCAUCAUGGUACUAUGGGGCGCUUCUAUGACUGGCAUGGGCUUCGUCUACAAUUAUUCUGGUCUUAUGGCCGCUCGGUGGUUCCUAGGUCUAGCCGAGGCCGGCCUCUUUCCCGGUAUUAACUAUUAUCUGUCGUGCUGGUACAAACGUUCCGAGUUCGGUGUCCGUGCUGCUAUAUUCUUUUCAGCAGCUGCUCUCUCCGGUUCAUUUGGUGGACUACUUGCAGCCGCGAUAGAACUGAUGAAUGGUAUUGGUGGCCGACCUGGAUGGGCAUGGAUAUUUAUUUUGGAAGGCCUGCUUACUAUAGUAUUUGGCGUUGCAUCUUUCUGGAUGGUCCAUGACUUCCCCGAUCAAGCCCGGUUCCUCUCGGAAGACGACCGCACCCGUGUAGUUCGUCGGCUCAAAUUGGAUCAACAGUCUUCAGCUGAGCACGAGGAAUGGAAAAUGAGUUAUCUCAUCGCCGGUCUUAAGGACUGGAAGAUGUGGUUGGGCAUGGUUAUUUACAUGGGUUGCGAUAUGCCCCUCUAUGCCUUUUCGCUCUUCUUACCCAGCAUCAUCCAGGAAUUAGGCUGGAGCACCAGUACUGUCCGGUCGCAGCUUCUAAGCGUUCCCCCUUACGCCGCCGCCGCCGCCCUUACCGUUGUUAUUGGCUUUGUCGCCGACCGAACUCGUCAGCGUGGCUUAUGCAAUAUUCUAGUUAGCCUCAUUGGCAUUACCGGUUUCGUAAUGCUUCUAGCCUCUACAGACCCUAGAGUUAAAUAUGCUGGCACGUUCCUCGGAGCUCUCGGUAUCUACCCUUGCAUCUCGAACACUAUCAGCUGGAUGGCAAAUAAUAUCGAGGGUGUAUAUAAGCGAGGUGUCGUAUUAGGCUUUGUAAUCGGUUGGGGUAACCUGAACGGUAUCGUUAGCUCCAACAUUUACUUCAGUCCGCCUAGGUAUCUCGAGGGCCACGGAGUCAUGAUCGCCUACAUGACGCUGUUCCUGUUCGGUGGUAGCGUUCUGAUGACGACAUUACUUCGUAUCGAGAACGGGAAACGACGACAAGGAAAGCGCGACUACCUAAUUGAGGGAAAAAGUGCAAAGGAGAUCGAGGCCUUAGGUGACAACAAGCCUAAUUUCUUGUACACAGUUUGA